AUGAGUUUUAAUCUCGAAGAUCCCCUGGCGGGAAUAUUAAGUGAUGGUAGUGAUGAUAGCUUCUUUGAUGAUGAUAUACUAGGUAAAAAGAAACCUCAAAAACAAAAGGUAACUCAAAAUGUAGAAAAGAAAAGUAGUUUAUUCGACUUGGGUGAAACAAAACCACAAACCAGCGUUAAGAAAGACGUUGAUAUUAUACAAAAUACUAAGAAAACAUCAAUUGUUGAUGAUAAGUCUACUGCGCGAAAGGAUAAUUUAAGCAGUAUUUCGCCUACACCAUUUAAACGUACUACGUCAAAGGAAUCAAUUUCGUUUAGUAAGGGAGAUAUCAGUUUUAAAACAGCGUCUGACAAAAUCGAAGGACUAAAAUCUCCAGCUAAAACCAAAUCAGGUACUGAUAUUGAUAAAUUGGAUAUUUUAGAAGAAUAUAGUGUUGACAAAAAGAAAGAGAAAGUAAAAGAGAAGAGUAAACAGUCAAACUCAUUAUUAGACGAUAUAUUGGGUGGUCCGUCUUCUAAGCCCACAGCAGCAUCGAAGAAAAAUGACUUUGAUUUAGAUUCUAUUCUGGGAAACACUGAAUCAAAACAAACAUUAAAAUCUUCGAAAAGUGAAAAAGCGAAACCUACAAUUGUGACUGAGACUCAAAAACCUUCGAAAACAAAGAAAUCCACUGAAAAUUGGCUUGGUAUAUUCCAAGAUAAAGAUGAAGCCGUUGAUGAAGAAGAAGACGAUAUACCUGCUUGGUUAGGUGGUGGAACAAAUAAAAAGAAAAAACCCAAAGAAACUAAAAUUGAGAGCGAUAAAGCGCCAGUCCCUGAUGACAUUCCGAAGCCUGAAGAAACUGAAACAGAAGAAAAGCAGAUCAAAUAUAUCAAAGAGGUUAAAAAGGAUCAAAUUCAGAUAGAACCGUCUGAAGCAUUUAAUUUAAAUGUUGCCCAAGAAGACGUAACGUUAGCAGGAGCUGCACUUUACUUACAACAACAGGAGUCACAGCUGAUGGUUGCAAUGCAACUGAAAGCGCAGGAUGAAAAAUUAGCGGCCAUGCAGAUGCGUCAAAAAGAAAGUCAAAGAGUGCAGCAUGAGGCUGCUAUGGCUGAACACCAGCAAGUGGAGGCGAUGUUAAACAGACAGGCUGAGCAUCGACAACAGAUGCAAGCGAUCAUAGCCUCACAUCAGGAGAGAAUCACUCAAAGAAUUAAGGCUUUGUUAAGUGAUUCGAGUCCAAAUUACGAUGAGGUGCAAGGAGAAACUGCGCAAUACGUAGACUCAGAACGGAAGGAAAGUCCAUUUGCAAAGGAGAGAAGACAGUUGCUACAACUAGUACAAUCUCUGCAAGAAAAUCACGAUAAGGAAGUAGAUUUAAUGGAAACUUCCUACAGACGACAAUUAGGUUUUAUAGAACUUUCAUUUGUACAAGCAGAGGAAAGGAUGAAGGACGAAACUGAAAAACUUGUUAAUUUUUAUAAAGAAAAGAUAACUUGGCUGAACGAACAUCACCAAUUGUAUAGGAAAAUGUCCGAAGACAAUCUGAAUUCACUUACAGAUAGACAUAAAGUUGAAAACGAUAUGCUGAGAGAACAACAUUUGGAAAAUAUUAAAGUAUUACAAGAACAUCACGCUGCAUUGAUGGAGAAUGUUAAAAACGCGGUGAAACAGGAACAGGUGCUGAUAAAAGAUUCGGCUGGAUUUUCAUCCGAAUUGCAAGAACUGUUGGCUAAUGUUAGAGAGGGUAAUGAAAAAUGUGGAAAGUUGUAUGAGCAAUUGGAAACUUUAUCAAAUAGGAAUCAACGCGACUCUGAGAGGAGUUUGCAAAUACGAGAAACGCAGAUCAGCGAUAUGAUACAGCAGCUUCAAAAGGAACGAGAUUCAUUUGAAAAGGAAAAAUCUGAAAGCAAGGACUUAGUCAAGAUGUUAGAGGGCAGGCUUAAACAAAUGACAAGCAUGAUCGAAGAAGAAACGUCAGCUUUAAGACGAAGGAAGAUGGAGUUUGAAUUCGAGAAAGCGACGUUCAACAAACAGACAGAGUUCGCGAAAAACAUGUUAAAGAAACAGGAUGAGGAAGUUAAAAUAUUGAAAGAAGAUAUCCAAAAAGAAUAUCACGAGAAGAUUUCGAGGAUUGAAGAAGAGAGGGCCAAGGCAUUAAAAGAUAGUGCGUUCGUUGCUAAAGAGAAAGCUUCCGUUCAAAGUUUGAAGAUGGAAUUAGAGAAGACCAAAGCAGAACUUCAAGCUCAACUAGAAGAAAUGAGUGAGGAAAGAACGAAAUUAAACGCAGAUAAAGAAGAACUCCGAAUGGAAGAACAGAGAGUUAUGUCCAAGAGUAGAGAUCUAGAUUUACUCGCAAAAACGGCUAUGGAGAAACAGUCGCAAGCUGAUAAAAAAUAUUCCGAAGCCGAAUUCCUUCAGAGGAAGUAUGAAGAUAGAAUACGAAGGAUACAAGAACAUGUAGUUUCACUAAACAAUAGAGAGAAACAGAUCGCGAAAGAAAAAGUCGCUUUAUCAAGGGAGAGGCUUAGUUUACACAAUGAGAAGAAAGAAUUGGAAAAUAAACAGCAAUGUUCAUUGUGCAGGACUUCUCAAUAUGAUGCAUAUUUGCCUUACACUGGAAGGGAGUAUGGGAAUUUCAACCCUCCCAUAAACGUAAUAGAGGCGGAUAUAGCUCAAAUGUUUGGCAGGUCUGGUCAGAAUGAUACUGUACAAGAACAGACCCAUGAACCUUUCAAGGAUUACAUGGAUCCGAAAUUAAUGAUGUUGCGUCUUGACGUUCAGCAAGUCAUUAACAAUUUGGAUCAAACGAAAAGAAUUGAAGAUAGAAAUGACCAAGAACAAUGA